AUGAGUGUAUUAGUAGAGACCACAAUUGGUUCAUUUGGAGUUACACUUGAUUGUAAGGAUUCCUCUGUUGAAGCUUAUAAUUUUUUAAAGCUUUGUAAAGCAAACUAUUAUAAUUAUCAAUGCUUUUAUGAUAUAAGGAAAGGUCAUAGCAUAGAGUUUGGGGAUGGAUUGUAUAGGUUCAAAGAUAGGAAGGAGUUGAGAGUUCAUAGUACAUUCAUCAAUUCACUCCUGAACAAGAACAAUGUCGAUACGAUAGUCCCUGAGCUUGCUACAUGUUCAUCAUCGGUUAACACUAAAGAAGCUGAUAUGGGACGAAUAGGAUUUAAAACUACGUUUAAGGAUAAAGAGAGGUUAAUAGGAUCUAAAGUGGUGGUUGCUUUAACUGAUUGGGAUUCAAAUGAUGGGUCUGUUUCAUUUUUUGGUCGUGUAAAUAGAAGAAAUUGGGACGUGCUAGAUAAUUUUAAUAGAGCAAUUAUAGAUGAGAAAAAUGAAUUAGUUACAGAUAUUAGAAUCAUCAAGAUGCAUAUUUUAAAAGACCCAUUCCCUGAUCCAGAAGGAUUCUGUGAAUAUGAAAUCUCUUUGCCAAUAGAUGAAGUGAGACUACCACAACAUAUAAUCGAUAAUUCAGUACCAUCAUCAUCAAAAGAAAUCCAAGACAUUAAAAAAGAUAUUCUAAGAAAGGAAACUACAUUGGAGAUAAUUGGAGAUAUUCCAUCAGUAGGUGUAAGACCAUUAGAAAAUGUACUAUUCAUUUGUAAACUCAAUCCAUCGACUAAAGCAAAAGACAUUGCUAUGAUAUUCCAGAGAUUUGGUGAAAUCAAAUCAGUAGAAAUAAUCAAAGACAAAGAGUCUGGUUACUCUCUAGGAUAUGGGUUCAUCGAAUUCACAACAAAACAUUCAUGUGAAUUAGCUUAUACUAAAAUGGAAUCUACAAUUAUAGAUGAUAGAAGAAUCCAUGUAGAUUUCUGUCAAAGUGUAGGCAAGCUAAGUAAAGAUUGGAUCGAAGGGAAACUUUAA